GCGCGGGUUGAGGCUUCUAUGGAUGUCCGCAUAAUUGAGCGCUCCUUUUGCUUGACCAUUCCUCUCUCUCUCUCCACGCUCAGACGUGACUGGGUCGAAAGCGCGAAUGAGCUUCAAGUAGUCCAUGUGAAUGUCCAUGCGCCUCGACGCUGCUCUACACAGCCCGCAUACUAGCCCCGCCUCACCAACAGCCCACUUUUCUCCUCACAACCAUCCCCCCCGCCCCCGCCCCGCCCCUGCGCGCAUCGCCCAACAUGUCGGCCCUCUCCCUGCUCUGGCUAGCCAUUAGGCACCCCUCCGAGCUUCGCAGUCUCGUGACUUACAAAGUCUGGCGCGAUCCCUUGAACGACAUCAAAUCCUCUCCCGAUUCGGGCUGGGAGCGUCAGACGAUGAAGGACUGCUGGUCCUUGCUAGACGACACUUCUCGCUCUUUCGCCGCAGUGAUCAAGGAAUUGAAAGGGGAAUUGUGCAGAGUGAUCUGCAUCUUCUAUUUGGUGCUGAGAGCGUUGGAUACGAUCGAGGAUGAUAUGACCAUCGCGCAGGAUACAAAGGUUCCUAUGCUCAGGCAAUUCUACAAGAAGCUGCAGGUCAAGGGUUGGAACUUUGAUGGCAAUGGUCCGGACGAAAAGGACAGGCACCUCCUCGUUCAAUUCGACAAGGUCAUCGACGAAUUUGCCAGACUCGAUCAGCGCUAUCAGAUUGUCAUUUCCGACAUUUGCGCAAAGAUGGGCGCAGGCAUGGCCUCUUACAUCCUCGCCACUUCCCAAUCGCAGUUGGUGGUGCAAAAAUGGUCAGACUACGACUUGUACUGUCACUUUGUAGCCGGAUUGGUGGGCGAAGGUCUUUCGCGACUCUUUGGAUCCAGCGGCAUCGAGAGACCUUGGUUGGCCGAUCAAUUGAGCCUCUCCAACCACAUGGGACUUUUCUUGCAAAAGACGAACAUCAUCCGCGAUUAUGCCGAGGAUUGCGAGGAUGGAAGGCAUUUCUGGCCGGCAGAGUGUUACUCUGCACAUGGUUUUGCUGCUCAGCCCGAUGUUGCCAAGGGAAUCGUAGCCGCAGGUGGCGGGCACUUCAAAGCGCAAGGGGAGCUCGGGUCAAAGUCGAUGGAUGUGCUCUCGAGCAUGCUGUUGGACGCUGUGCAGCACGCAACAAAGUCUCUGGAUUACCUCUCGCUGCUAAGGGAACAAUCCUGCUUCAACUUUUGCGCAAUCCCUCAAGUCAUGGCCAUCGCCACCUUGGAGCUCAUGUUUGCCAAUCCGGACGUGUUCAAGCGCAACGUCAAGAUUCGAAAAUCCCAAGCGGUUCAAUUGAUCCUUCGAGCGGUGAACCCGCGCGAUGUAGCGUACAUCUUUUUGGAGCACGUCAAGCGCAUCCGAGGCAAAUUGUCCCCGGCAGACGUCAACUUUGUAGCAUGGACCGUGGAGCUGGGAAGGAUCGAAGUGUGGUGCGAGACGUAUUAUCCUUCGUUCAUCGCGACUGGAGGAAGUUCUGGAGGGCCAGAUGGACGAGCAGAAGGAUUGCGACGAUUUGCAGAGGAGCGCGCGACUCAAGCUAGAGUCAAGGCUAGAGCAGCGGGUCGAAAAGCGGUGGGAUUGAUCGAUCCCAAAGGCUUCAACGUGGACGCCAGCAAGGCAAACCUCACAAAGGAAGAGAGGGAAGCGCAAGAGAAAAAGGAUCGAGACGAUACGGUCAAAUUCUUCGUCAUCAUCUUGCUGGCCAUGACGAUCUUUAUGGCGCUCAUCGCUCUCGGAGGCUGGCUCAUUGCUUGGUACGUUACGCAAGAUGAGACGGAUCCUCUAACGAAGAACGCUAUCGCCUACUAUCGAUUUGCCGGAGAGAAGUUUGCGCAGUACUCCAGAGAGGCAAGAGUCGUUCUCGACGAUGGUGUGACUGCUCUUCGCAAAAAGACGGAAUUGUGAUCCGCGCGGCAUGCCAGCCACGGUCCUACUUUUUUCCCCCCCCCUUCGACGAUCUGUUCUUUACGCUGUCGCGUCGGAAUGAUGCUUGGAGAGCUGCAGGAAUUCUUUGAUCUCGCUCUUCACUUCAACGAGUAAGCAAAAGAGAAGAAAAAAAAAAUGCAAUACUUUUUCUCUACGCCCGCGCAAUGUGAUGGGAGAUUGGAGAGAGAGAGAGAGGGGGAGACGCACGCGCGCGUCCGAG